AUGAACAUCCAACGCAUGCUUGUGCAGCGGGACAGCGUGCCCUGCGCGGCCAGUGCCCUGACCACUCUGUCUACGGAGCAGGAUCGCCGUAAGCGCAAGGUGAAGCAGGAGUUGCCCCGCCCCCGUAAGGUGACAUCGGCGGGCAGCGGUGUGAGGGGCGCAGGAGAGGUGCCGCCUCCGCCAAGCGACAAUUUGAUUGCCCGUCUUCAAAGGCCCAGCUAUCAGCGCGAUUUCCAGCCGUUGGCGCUUUACGGACCCCAUGGAGUGGGGUGUCAACUGCCAGCACAGGACGUCCUGACGCUCGCUGACGGACAGUGUCUGGCGGACACAGUGGUGGACUUCCACAACAUGGGCCACUACUCGCUGGUCAUAGCGACGAACCUCCGCACAAUGGUCAGCGGGAAGCUAUCCGAGACUGCCGAGGGCGGCGUCGAGCUGGUGCAUUACGAUAGUGCACAGUUGCACACUAAUAAGCCCGAAGUGAUGGAGGGCGUCAAGAGCAUGCUGCUCCUUCUGCACAAAGCUCAGCUGCCCACUGCCGACCGGAAGCAGGCGGAGGACCAUGUGAAGUAUGCCGAAGUCUACGUAAUGCAUCCGGAAGACCACCCACAGCAGUCGAACGCGGUAGACUGUGGGAUUUAUGUCGGCAUGUAUCUUCGCGCCCUGGUUUCAUCCGGCUUUUCAAUCCUCAAACAGUUCAUGACGUUCUACGGCGCGAAGUCACACGCAUACCGGCGCCAGCUCCGCGAAGAGGUGUCCCUCCACGCCACAGGUGACCUUAUUGUGAAGCUGUUUGGGGAGGGUGUGGAGGUUCCCGUGCAGCCUCUUCCCCAGGUGGGAGAACACGGCGCCCUCGUCUUUCCCAAGGAGGACGAAGUCCGCACGGACCUCGCGAGGCAGCAUUUCGGAGGAACAACUGCUGAGUGGAGCGGCACACGAGCUUCAGGCACACGGGACGCCUCUGCUGGCUCUGUCCACGUCCAAGAACGCCGCACAGGUCAGCAGAUUCGGCUGGGCGCAUAUACUGUGGAGCUCGAUGCGGCGUAUGCGUAUGCCGCGGCAGCCUUUGUGAUCAGGCGUAAUGACCACAUCCAGCACGUGAAGGAGCUGACGGACGAGGAGAAGGAGUGCCUGGAGGGGUGUGUUCGCGACGACGUGCGUCAUCUGGUCAAGGCACGGAUGUGGUGGAGGUGGCGUCAGUGGAGGACAGCGCUGGCAGAGCUGGGCAUCGAGCCUGGUACUCCAUUCCCACUGGAAAACAGUGGCACGCGGUCGCCGGACAACAGCAGCAGCGAUGAAGACGUGCAAGUCAGGAUGGGUCAUGGUGUGGAGACGGUGUGCGAUUAG